UCCAAGGUAAGAUGAAGAUGCAAAAACACCCAUUUCUAUUGGAAACUGUAUGGAUGGACAAGCUAAAGUAUGACGAAGCUGAAAAGCUUUAUUAUGAGGGACUUGCAUCUUUGGCAGCCGUGAUAGAGCAACCACAAAACCUGACUAAUUCUGCGAAAAACUUGGAAAAGGUAGACGACAGUUCCUUAGUUUCUUCCACCGAAAGCAGCAGUCCAGAUGGGGAAUAUAAAAAGGUAAUCAAGAAACAGAAAAGAAGGAAGAUGUCACAGAGAAUAAAAAGCCAGUUGGAUCAACAGGAGCUAAUGCUGCUUGGCAUGCGUGAAGACACUGUUUGGUUUAAAAAAUCGCAGUAUGAUGCAGCUGAGAGUGUGUUUCAGAAAAGACUUGCUUCUGCUUUUCAUCUGUCUCCUAACUCAGAUUUGCACGACCGGAAUAUAUUAAAUUAUGUUCCCCAAGCCGCAGCAUGCAACCAUAGUGAUUUGGUUGCCUGUCAUCAUGUUGUUAAAACUGUCUGGAUUAAUAAGCAAAUAUUUGAUGAUGCGGAGUGCAGUUUUAUGGAAAGAACACUAUCCAUUCCAGAUUAUUUACCAGUUGAAUCUUUUCCUGUUAACUUGCCAUCUGUAGAAAGAACUCCUGAUGAAGGGUACAUGUCUGGAGUGCCAACCCCAAUAAUGCAAGGAUUUCCUUUGACUGCUAAUUCAAACUUAAAUGCAGUAGGGCCAAGUCAUCCAAUUAAUGGCCUCCCACAUUUCUCUGUUUGUCUUCAAGAGCUUCUCUCUGGUGUCUGGAUAGAUAAACCAGUAUAUGAUCUUGCAGAAAAGACUUUCUACGAAAACCUGUAUGAUGGACCACCAUCCCUAUCAUCUAAGCAAGUUGGGAAGAAAAAAAGCAAAACUGCCAAAAGUCAUGAGACUAACAUGGAAAUGGAUUUAAAUGAGGCUGGAGGAAGCAGUGAUUUUUUUGGCGGAACUAUUGGAAUGGAAUGCAGUAUUUCUAAUAUAAAGCACAAAUCAGUAAAAUCUGAUAGCUGUUGUAACAGUUUACCAGACCAGUCGGUAGGAAAGAAAAAGGGCAGUAAAAAGGUUUCAUUUGAAGAGGAGAAACCCACACAAGACCGGAGUGGAGGCUCAUGUAGUGCUGUACCUUUUUCACAGGAGGACUUUCCUUCCACAGUUCAGUGUUUCCUACAUUCAGAUAGUGAGUAUAUUUGGCUGAGGAAAUCUCAAUUUGAUGCCGCAGAGAAGAAUUUUUACGAGGCUGUUGUGGAUAAUUCAAGCAAGAAAGCUUCAGCAACAUCUAGGACACCUCCAGCUGCACAUUGUCAGAUGACAAACACCAUGAGUACUGAAUACCUCUCUCAAGAAAAGAUCUGGUUCGACAAGUACCGUUACGAUGACGCAGAGAGGCAAUACUACGAACAGAUGAAUGGCCCAGUUUCUCCUGCUGUUUGUUCAAAAGCAGCUCAGGAGAAUGGAGCAAAUACGAUCCUGCGAGACAUUGCAAGAGCCAGAGAGAAUAUCCAGAAAUCACUAGCCGGAAUGAAGACCAUCCUGUUGCCCUGUGGGAACCCUCCCAUCACGCAGAGCCCAAACCAGCCAUCACAAUCUAGCCCUGUUGGGCCAGCUGGAGAACAGAGUGAGUUGGUUACUAGAAUCAGCAGCCUUGAGCAUGAGAACAAGCAUCUGCGUGCAGUGGUUGAAGACCUUCGGCUUGCCAUUUCAAAGUUAGAAAUACGGUUGACAACACUGGAAAAAUCACCAGCAGCCAGUGGUUCAGCUCCCACAACUUUACCAGCUCCUCAGCCUAAGACUAUUCCUGCAAGACAAAAUGAAGCUAAGGAACCAGCUAAAGAGGAGGAGGAGGAUGAUGAUGAUAUCGAUCUCUUUGGUAGUGAUGAUGAAGAGGAGGACACUGAAGCUGCACGCAUUCGAGAAGAACGGUUAAAACAGUAUGCAGAAAAGAAAUCCAAAAAACCUGCUCUUAUUGCAAAGUCUUCCAUUCUGCUAGAUGUUAAACCGUGGGAUGAUGAGACAGACAUGGUAAAGUUGGAGGAAUGUGUGCGAUCUGUACAGGCAGAUGGUCUUCUUUGGGGCACUUCCAAACUUGUGCCAGUAGGCUAUGGGAUAAAAAAAUUGCAGAUUCAGUGUGUGGUAGAAGAUGACAAAGUGGGCACUGACAUGCUAGAAGAGGAGAUCACAAAAUUUGAGGACUAUGUGCAGAGUGUUGAUGUUGCUGCCUUCAACAAGAUCUGAUGUAAUCUGUGAAAAUUCCCUGAUUGAAACCGUUAAUAAAAGUUGAACUGUUUUUGAAUGCA